AUAGUGAUGCAAUAACUUAUAAUUAUUACAGCUCAGCAGAUUUGAUGCAGACAACAGUUACCUCCCUCACUGGCCACAACCAUAGACUGUAUAUAAAAAAGCCACAACCAACCGAGUUUUUUAGAAGAUUGUUGCACACCUCUGCUGAAUGUCUUUGAUGUAUGCAUGAGGGAGGAUUUCCUGUAGACCAAAGAGGCCAUUACCCAGGGGCCAUUAGGCCUCUAGUAGAGCAUGUCGAUGAGUGCUGAGUCUUGCUCUGUUUUCACAUGCAGCCACUUUUCUAUAGCAAGGGGAGUGAGUCAUCAUCAUCAUCAUCAUCAGGAUGAAAUGCUCUGACAUUUGAGCACAAAAGUCCCAGAGUGCCUUGCGGCCCAGCAUCGCUGGCAGAGCACCUGCGUGAUCCCUGACUGACUGAGCCAAGGACAACACGCCACAAGACCGGCAGUUUCUGCCUGUGCCUAGCAAAUGAGCUGCGAAACGUAAGACUUGCCUAAGAGCUGCCGAGUGUCCUGAACCUGGGCUUUGACUGGGAGACAACUGGAAAAAAACCUAAAGCCUUGAGCACCUUCACCCCUAUUCUGUGUUUUGCAAAGGUGCAAGUACGUCACGUCUAUACUAUGCCCUCCAGUUGAAAUGGGAAGAUCAGAGAACAAACAGCAGUGCAGGAAAAGCUAAUAAGACAGAAUGAUUCACUGGGCCGGACGCAUUGAGAAGGAGCUGGAAAAGGUUCUGCAGCACGUCACCGGAACUCAGCAGAUGAGAUCGAUUUAUAAUGAGAAGAAGAGCCAGUUUGAAAUCAAGAGAAACAACCCCAAGGACUUGGUGGAGAGAGUGGCACGGGACAUCUCCAAGCUGCUCAACAGUAAAAGGAAAGCCCUGGAGAAACUGGCCAGGGAAGCGGAGCAGCUACAGAAGGAGCAUGUAUGGCAAGACGGUGUGACGGAGAAUGCCAUUUCAUACUACGAUUCCAAAGCGGAUUCAGACUAUGCGGAAGAUGGAGAAGAGGAGAACCCGCUGGAGAGCUCGUUGUCUUUGGAGCUGGAGUUUGUGGACGCUCCCAAUUUUAAAAACAAGGUCAACUACUCUUCCAGUGCGGUCCAGAUUCCCACAGACAUAUACAAAGGCUCUCCAGUCAUCCUAAAUGAGUUAAACUGGACCCAGGCGCUGGAGAGGGUCUUCAUUGAAAACCGUCGGGAGGACAGCUCUCUGCGCUGGCAGGUGUUUGGCAGUGCCACAGGAGUGACACGAUACUACCCAGCCACUCCAUGGAGGGCGCCCAACAAGAUUGACCUGUACGAUGUCCGCAGAAGACCAUGGUAUAUCCAAGGUGCAUCGUCUCCAAAGGACAUGGUCAUCAUUGUGGACGUGAGUGGAAGUGUCAGCGGACUCACUCUGAAGCUGAUGAAAACCUCUGUAGUGGAGAUGCUGGAGACACUAUCAGAUGACGACUAUGUGAAUGUGGCCAGGUUCAACGAGAAGGCAGAUGCAGUUGUUCCCUGCUUCAGGACUUUGGUCCAAGCCAAUGUUCGGAACAAGAAGAUCUUCAAGGAGGCCGUCAUGCAUAUGCAAGCCAAAGGAACCACAGAUUACAAGUCUGGCUUCACAUUUGCCUUUGAACAGCUUCUCAAUGAGAGCAGUGCCCCGAGGGCCAACUGCAAUAAGAUGAUAAUGAUGUUUACAGAUGGCGGAGAGGAUCGUGCACAGGAAAUCUUUGAGAAGUACAACUGGCCCAACAAAACGGUUCGUGUGUUCACCUUCUCUGUCGGUCAGCAUAAUUAUGAUGUCACCCCAUUGCAGUGGAUAGCUUGUGCCAAUAAAGGUUACUACUUUGAAAUUCCAUCGAUUGGAGCCAUCAGAAUCAACACGCAGGAGUACCUGGAUGUCCUGGGUCGCCCCAUGGUGCUGGCUGGACCUAGAGCCAAGCAGGUGCAGUGGACAAACGUCUACCAGGAUGCUCUGGGUUUGGGCCUUGUCAUCACGGGGACGAUGCCAGUCUUUAACCUCACUGCUGACACUGUGAGCUCUCAGAAUCAGCUCAUCCUCGGAGUCAUGGGAGUAGAUAUUGCAAUCAACGAAAUCAAAAAGAAGACACCUACAUACAGACUUGGAGCCAAUGGCUACACUUUUGCCAUCGACCCAAAUGGCUACGUGCUGCUGCAUCCCAACCUGCGACCCAAAAUCAUUAACUUCAGGGAGCCUGUCACUCUGGACUUUCUGGAUGCAGAGCUGGAAGACAGCAACAAGGAGGAGAUCCGUCGACAGAUGAUUGAUGGCAAAUCAGGGCAAAGGAAAAUCAAGACGCUCAUUAAGUCAGUUGAUGAGAGGUACAUCGACGAGGCCAUUCGGACGUACACAUGGACGCCUGUGGAGGGUACAGAUUACAGUCUAGGGUUGGUGCUGCCCACAUAUAGUGAGAACCACAUCAAGGCCAACCUGAGUGACCAGAUCCUUCAGGUGCAGUAUUUUGAAUCACUGCUGCCAAACAGUUUUGAGUCUGAAGGACAUGUAUUCAUUGCUCCCAGGGAGUACUGCAAUGAUCUGGAGCUGUCCAACAACAACACCGAGUUCCUGCUCAACUUCAUCGCUCUCAUGGAGAAGGUGACACCGGACUCCAAACAAUGUGACAAUUUGCUCCUUCAUAACCUGAUUCUGGACACCGGCAUCAUAAGGCAGCUGGUCGAGAAAGUGUGGAAGAAUAAAGACUUGAAUACAUAUGGCUUUCUGGCCGUGUUUGCUGCAACAGACGGAGGUGUAACAAGAGUGUUUCCGAACAAGGCGUCAGAAACCUGGGAGGAAGAUCCUGAGCCGUUUAAUGCCAGCUAUUACCGCCGCAGUCUGGACAACAAGGGCUACAUCUUCCGAGCUCCUUAUCGAACAGCCAGGGACGACCUUCUGAACCCAGAGAACGACACCAUAGGAAUCCUGGUCAGCACGGCGGUGGAGAUCACAGUGGGAGGGAAGACCAUCAAACCUGCAGUGGUUGGAGUGAAACUAGACCUCGAAGCCUGGACGGAUAAGUUCAAGAUUCUUGCCAGCAACCAUACAGACAACCGUCAAGGACAAAAUACGUGUGGACCAAACAGGGGCUGUGAAAUGGACUGCGAAGCCAACAGUGAGGACCUCCUGUGUUAUUUAAUAGAUGACGGUGGAUUCCUAAUCAUGUCUAAUCAGAAGGAUGACUGGAACAAGGUGGGCAUGUUCUUCAGUGAGGUCGAUCCCUUCUUGAUGUACGCCCUCUACAACAAUUCCUUCUACAACCGCAAGCAGUCAUUUGACUACCAGUCUGUGUGCGAACGGGUGCCCAACAGUGAAGCUGGAGCUGCACCCAGAGGAGUCUUCGUGCCCACAAUUGCAGAUUUUCUAAACCUAGCGUGGUGGACAUCAGCAGCUGCAUGGUCCUUGUUUCAGCAGUUUAUAUAUGGACUGGCUUAUCACAGUUGGUUUGUCACAGAUGAGGUGGAUGCAGAAGGAUUCGACUUAAAAGAGCGGAGUUGUGUAAUGAUCCAGACCCAGUUCUACUUAAGUAAUCUCAGCAGUUCCUACAACAUACUGCAAGACUGUGGCAACUGCUCCAGGCUGUUUCAUGCCAAGAGGAUAAACAACACCAAUUUGCUGUUUGUGGUGGCAGAGAAGAUCCCAUGCAACACCUGCGAGAUAGAGAAGCUGUCCCAGGAGGAGGAGGAGUACAAGGAAGAAAAUCCAUGUGAAGAAAUGACUGUGGCACGCUAUCGAAAAGGGCCCUCCACCUGCUUUGACAACAACGUCUCUGAGAACACGUCAGACUGUGGACGAGGAUACUCCUUCCGUCCGUCCCUCUACACCUUACUGCUCAUUCAGCUGCUUCUGCUGUAUCCGGCCUUCAGCCCCCACAUUCACUCUCUUCUACAUUAAUUCCAUUUUCCUCCACUUCUGCUCCCAAGCUUGUUUCCCGACCUAAAACCGUCUGACCCAAACCCAACGCCCCUAAGCCCCUCUCCCUGAUAUAGUCAUAGGUAAUAAUGGGACUUGCCAUCACAGCAAGUUGGAAGCCCUGAGUGCCCCGCUACCCAGCUCGCUUCAGUCCGUGUCGCUUAGUGACAACUGCCGGACGUUUGUGUCCUCAGCCAGUUAUUCUUCAUCUGCAGGAAGAGUGGGUGGACCACCUGGAUCAUCCGACUCCCGCCCCCCCCCCCUACCCCGCCCAGCCACCCACCUCCAACCAAACAGAGAAGGAAGAGGAAAGAGGACAGAUCGACGUUCUCCACAAAGACCUCCUGCCUCACACAGACUGGAGAGCUGAGGUCGUCUGUCCGCCAACGCCUCUGUUUGUCAGACAGACGGUGGGACUUCUCCUCCUUCUUCUCUCUUCCAUCACACCGCUAUGUCACUCACCUCUCGUAAGAGGCCGCGGACCAUUCAGCCAGUUAAAGCCACCAUAAAAGAAAAUAACAGAAAAAAAAAAGAAAAAAAAAAAAAGGACUGUCAAGUAUACAAAAUGUCAAGUAUAAACUGCUAAACUAAAAGUGAUGAGUAAUCUAAACAUACAGUACUUUUUGGUUGUUAAUUUGAAAAGGAAGUCGUUAGGUGUUAACUUAAAAAGACAUGAAUUCAUUUAUGCACUAUAUCUACUUGCCAAAAUGAGAUAGACUUUCAUGUGGUCUUAUUUUUAUAGCCAAACACGAAGAGGAAACUGCUUCUGAUUUAGAAUUUAGGGAAAACCAUGAGAGGAAGAGGAGACACUCAGAAACUGAAAGCUGAUUCAUUUUGUGCAGCGCAUAAUUACAGAUUAAUGCUUUUAAAAGACGUCUACUGGGGAUUAUUGUAAUUACAUGAUGAUAAUCGCAUUUCUUGAAGUACUUUUCUCUUAUAUUCCCUAUUAAAGGCUAGUGCUGUCUGGCUCACACGUUAGUGACAGCUGUGAAAUAUGAAUCAGUGUUCGGUUACUGCGGCUUUGGAGCAUUGUUGAUGUUGUGUAGUAUUCUCCUUUAUGAUCAAUCGACCAUUCUGACCUCCUGUUUGGACUGAUGUUAAAAAAAAGAAACCUCUGUGCUCUCUGAUUGCGAAAGCUCACCUCUGCCAAUCCUCAUGAGGCUUCUCCAGUAACCUAAUCACGAUAUGUAUUAUGUGCUUUACUUCUGUUCACAUAACAGACAUACCAAGAUCUCUGCCUCAUGACCGUCUCAUAGUAGUUCUAGGUGGGGUAUUUUCUUCUUUUUUUUGUGGGGGGUGGAGGGCUUGUAUUACCUUUGACUGAUGCUGUUCAAACUUCAAAACCAUUCGCUGCUGGGGGAUAGGGGCUUAUCAACAUCUCCAACAAAAGUGCAGAAGAGGCAACUAAAUAUGGUGAUCACGUACAGUAGUAGUCUGGUUGUAAUCUGUCACAGUUCAUCAUUUGAUCAUUACGAUGUGUGAAAAGUCAUUUAGACUCCCAUGUUUAGGAGCCGCUCUGUUUCAUAGUGCCUUGAUGCACUUUGUUUUGGACCACAUCGGCUGUAUAAGAGUAGAGCUACUGUAUAGUACCUUUAUAAAGCAGCUAUCUUUGAGGCUUUGGAUAACACAGGAGCCCGUGAGACUGAAUCUGUUGGCUAUAGAAAUAGCUUUACACAGAGCCAAGGCGCUCUAGCUUAAUGUAUUUGCCCUCUCGGCUGUGGUUGCUGUACCCACUCCAGAGCCACCUGACUGCCAUUGUAUGAAGUUACUAUACCGUUCCUUUACAAAGCCAUGUAUAGAGCUACGAUACACUAUCAGUAUACAGCGACUUACCUGGCCAUAGAGUGUUUUUAGGGCCACCUGACCGCUACAGAUCUGCCUGAAUCGUAUGUGUUUGUUUGUUUGAUGUGUGUGUGUUUGUGUGUGUGUGUGUGUGUGUGUGUGUUAAUUUUAGUUUAAAACCCCUCAAAGGGAAAGGGUCUUUUUAAAUGAGUUGUGGAGUGUAUGAGGGAUGACAGUUGUGUAGCAUAGUGUGUGUGUGUGUGGGGGGGGUUCCUGUUGCUUUGCAGUGGACAAAAUCCAGUGUUGUAGAGAGAAAAAAAGGGAUUUUACUGAAACAAAAAGAAUCCAUCAUCAGUCUGCCUAAAUAUUAAUCAAAGGGAGCAGAGGUGUCCGAAAGAAUGUGUAGUUUAUCAGUGUUUCCGCUUCAAAUGCAACAUAGUUACAAAGCCUCUCUAAAUGCCUUAGUGUUACGGAGCUCUCAUAUGUCCCCCGCCAUCAUCUACUCUCACAAAUAGAUCCUCCAAAAUAUUCACUCCCACUGACUUUUCUUGGUGUUCUGCAGUAAGUGUAGUGAGCUCUAAUUUGAGUAUUUGUACGUCUUGGAAUGAUUUGCUUUGAUUGAUUGAUGCCUGUUCGAUUUUAAAAUGCUUGAAAGCAGGUGGGAGUUUAAAGCUUUCAAAAGCCUCUGACCUUUUUUGAUGUUCACACCCACCCAGACCUCACUGUAUCGCUCAGGUGGGACGGCUCACGCGUCGAUUUGAACCUUAACUACACACUCUGUACAGUUGUUGGUACUAUUUGAUGUGACAAACAUGCCGGCACAGUAACUACAGUGCGGCUCCAAACAAAUCUGACUCUGAAAAUGAAAAAAAAUUCAAUUUAAAGGCAUGUAUUUCCCGUUCGGCUCCUUUCAGUGUUGAUUACUGGCCAGGUCAUCUGAUGCCGGAUGCAGAUUUACUUUUCUGGCAUUUGUUUGUCUCUGUCCUGUGCCAUUAGUUCUGUCUGUAUAUCCCUACAGUAUUUCCACUGUCUGUAAAUGAGCGCUACAUGUGCCUGUGGAAAUGUACCCCCUGCAACUUCCUCUCUUUUCCUGGCUCUGUAUGCAUACAGUCUCACACAUAAACUUAAAUACUACAGUUUGUGCACCUGCACCGAGACAUUAUGCAGAACGCACGCGCGCACACACACAUACACCUAUAAGCAAACAUGUAAUGACACUUAUUCAUGCCCAGCUGGGAGAUGUCAAGCACCGGGCAAAAGUAAGCCAAGGACGUCACUUCCCAGGUGGUUUUUCUUUUGGUGAGCGGGUGGAAUGUCAGAGGCAAGCUCAGGGAGUGGGUCUCCACAGAGCAGCACGGGCCUGUCAAAGCGAAGGUCAUGGAGGAAUCACGUGGUGACGUCUGUGUGUGAAUCCCAACGGAAGAAAUCUUCUAGAGGGACACACAUCUGAUUUCUGUGGUUUUGCCAAAAAAAAUUUAAAAAAUAAAAUAAAAAAAAUAGAAAAUUGGACCAGCUUGGGGAUGAGAGGGAGGGGUCAGCUUUAGGACACGACCCUAAAAUAAGUAGGGGAUGGUUUUCAUAAAGCCUCUUGCCCCCUUCCCCAGACCCUCGCUGCAUCCGUGUUGGUGCGUCUCCGUGGGAAAGACACGUGUGUAUGUGAUUCUGUAGUCUGUAGUCUGGUGCUAUGUGACCAUGUCUGACAAGUGUGUGAAAAAAAUAACAGCAACAUUUAGAGAAAAAAAAUGAAUAAAAUCAGUCGAAUUUUAAGUGAAGUUUAAAAAAAUCUAUAUAGGAAUACAGCACUGUUGAUAAGUUUGAGAUCUGAAGUCGAAAUGUUUUCAAUUUAUUUUUACUUUGUUUUAUUUCUUGUACGUGUGUGAGUGUGAAUGUUGGUGUGCGUGGAAGAUUUAGCUCCUUCUUUUCUGGGCACUGGUCCAUGUCGCUCCAUUCUUUUGUACAGAUGAAGCUUAAAAAAAAGAAAAAAGAAGAGGGCAAAAUUUGUAAAAUAUUGUGUCUGUGACUCCUUGUAAAAUAUUUUCAAAUUGUUUAUUACAGAGAAUCAGUUAUUAAAUAAUGUUCAUAUUUUUCACUUCA